AAACACAUUGAAGCUAGUCUUCUUUUCCAUUCUUGAUAUCAAGCCUUGCAUUCGUUCCUUCGAACCACAUUCCUUAACAACCUUUCCCACCUCACAAACAACCUUACAGUCAAUCUCAUAACUCAGACAAAAUGAAGGCCAACGUCAUCGCCGCUACCAUCCUUGCCGCCUUCUCGGCUGGCGCUUUCGCUCAGGACCAGGAGGCCGAGUUCCCCACUGGCUUCCCUACCGACCUCCCCUCCGGCUUCCCUACUCAGGUUCCCGGCGCUGCUGCCCCCUCCGGUGGCUUCGGCGGCAACUUCCCCCACUUCGGUGGUCACUCCGGCUUCCAGACCCGCACCCGCGGCUCCUCCGAGGAGGCUGCUGGCUUUGGCGCCCAGGCUGUUGAGACCCCCUUCCCCACCGGCACCCAGUCCGGCGGCGCCCGCCCUACCGGCAAGGGCAAGGGCAAGGGCAAGGGCAAGAACCACGGCACCGGUGCUCUCCCCUCCGGUGUUCGCCCUACCCAGGUCCCCGGUGCUGCUCAGCCCUCCGGCGGUUUCGGCGGCAACUUCCCCGGCUUCGGUGGCGAUGCCCCCUCCGGCGCUCCCUCCGCUGAGCCCACCUCCGCUUAAGCGACAAAAACAACUUCGACGAUAACAAAUUCGGCUUA